AUGACGCCGAACAUACCGACAUACGCCCUCGCUUUCUCCCCAGACGGCUCUUUGCUGGCGCGAGGAGGCGAGGCAGGUCUCGACAUCAACGAUUUAAUCACCAGGAAACGAAUUGCAGGCAUGCCCCACGAGGUCCCGCCCAGCGCUUAUGGCCCCGUAGUGGCGCUGAAAUGGGCGUCCAUACAAGGCCAGCCCGAUAUGCUGUUUAUUGGAACGAAGCAUGGUGUCGUCUUCGCCUGGCAACAGAAUCGCGCCGUUUACGAGGAGUGCCAUGUGUUCCGGGUGCCCGAGGGCGGCGAGAUCCUUUCGAUGGCGGUUCGGUCCAGCCCUAGUCAAAUCCAACUGGUCCUCAGCACCGCCAAUGGCGUUCUUGCAUCCUACGACGUCCGUCCUAACAGACUUUGGAAGGAAUGGAGCCAAAAAUUAGUUGAAAUCGAGCCUCGCACCAUCGAGUUUGCGACGAGCGGAAAGAGCAUCAUCAUCUUCUCGACGUACUCCGGCCAAAUACACGGAUUCCUGAACGGAGAAGGACUUUGGGAUCACGGGCCGCGCCUAGACAAGCUCAUUGGCCGUGUCACCGUCAACGAGAAUGGCGAAGUUGCGAUCAACGACAGCGUGAACUUCUGCAUACACGAUAGUCGAACUGGGGUUCUCCUCGCAAUGUUUCACUCGGGAAUCAAGGUAUCGACGGUCCCGAAACAUGUUUUGUUUGGGGAAGACGAGGAGAUUGUGAUGGCUGGCAGUGACGCCGGAAGCAUCUAUGUCUUUCAGAAGACUGGCCAUGGGCUCGAGCAGGUAUUGACGAACGGGAAUUGCUGUAACCAGAUUGUGGCAACGCUCAGUACAGCCUCCAUGAACUAUAUUGCAUGCGCUACAUCCUCAACGACCAGCGUCGGGGCGGUCGCGGUGUGGACACGCAAACGCGAAGUUGCUGUUGGAGUCAGCAUGCUGGGACCGCUUUGGCGGCUGUUAUGGCAGAUCUGGUGGCUUUUCAGAAGCGGCAACGCCUGGUUAUUGAGACCGGCGUUACACAUCAUUUCCAGUUCGACAUUGCGUGCCCUCUCCUGGUCGUUUGCCCUCUUGUCGAACAUCCUCAUCUGGCUGGCAAAGGUAUGCCUCGGAUUAUCACUCUUGCUAGUCAUCGUACACUUCCUAUGGUCUAAGUUGAGGGGCGACAUUCCUGAGGUGAUGAAGUAUGCCAUCGAGACUGCGGAGUGGGUGAUAUGGCCCAUCAUCGUCGCGGGGAGCAAACACAUUGCGAACUUCAUAGUCGAGAUCAUCAGACUGCACUCAUCGCGGGAGUAUCAGUGA